AUGCACCGUGUAAAGAGAGUUGGGGUGCCAGAAUGCCAAACACCAAUCAGCUAUCAAGAUAUUUUACAACCUUUACCAUUUGAAAAAUGGUCUCUUAUUAAAAAAAAAGCAGAGCAUAACUGGCCAUAUUUUGCAUAUUAUUAUUACUGGAUUGAAAAUGCUAUUGUAUGGAAGAAAAGGAAUCCAAAUAUAUCUAUUCAAAUUUAUUGCCCAUAUGGAGAUGAUGAACAAGAAACUUUCCUUGGGAUAAGCAAUUUUUCAGUAUAUAAUGUACUAAUAUUUACACUGCAUCCAAACAGUGAUAUCAUAAAUAAAGUGUUAACAGAAACCAAAGUCAUAGAUUAUAAUCAACAAGUAAACUUUGUUACAGUUCAUGAAUGUUUUAUAUCUAGUGUACUUACUGCACUAGAGAAUCUGAAACAUUUGAGAAAUGUAGAAACAAAUCUAGUGCUGUCAUUUAACUAUUAUUUUAAGCCUGCUGAAGAGUGUAUAAAAACAAAGACUUGGAUACCAAAUGAAUGUUAUAUAAAACCUCUGGAUAAAUCAAACAUUCCAUUAAUACAUUCUGUAUGGCCACACAGAGAUGUGGAAAACCCAGAGUUAUCCCUAAAAUACUUAAGUACGCUGGUAGAAUUCAAUGGUGGAAUAGGACUAUAUUUAAAAGAAGAUGAUUCUUUAGUUUCUUGGUGCAUGCAAAAUGAUUGGCAUGGAUUAGCAAUAGUACAAACUGUAGAGGAACAUAGAGGAAAAGGUUAUGCAAAAAUAGUAGUAAAUAUGCUUUCAAAGAAGUUUGCAGAACAAGGGAUUUCUACAGUACUAUUUAUUGUUAAAGGAAACACAACAUCUGAAAAUAUGUUUAAAAAACUUGGCUGGAAAGUAGUUGCACCAUUUGUUUUUAUAAUGCUUAAAAGACAAGUAGCAAAUCCCGACAGUGACAUUCAAAAUUGAUUAUUCAAUAAUUCACCAAAAUAAUAAAAAUGUUGUAAUGAAAGAUUAUAAAUAUUUUCUAUAAAUAAAUUUAUUGCAGUCAAAAAUAAA